CUGGCAUCUGUGAUAAUCGAAAUGCCUAAUGAAGAGAUCUGAGUCAAUCUUAUACCUUGACUGAAACAUUCUUGUAUCUAUUUGGCAAACUACUAUGCAUAUAAGAAGGAACGAACAAGUCAUGAACUCUAACUAUUAGCAUUUAAAUUUAAGAACUGCCGUACGACUUUGGACACGACAUAAGCAAGCGCCUACUGUGUCUCUCACUUCACGGAAUGCGAGCGGGGAAGAGCAAAUUUUGGAAACGCGGCGCUGCGGCCCUCCUCCCGUUUUCCGUCCCUGGCUCCCUGCUGCCGUCCGACCCUCUCAUUCGCUCCGCUACACUCGCAUCGUUCCCUCAUCCCGAUCGUCAAACCCUAGCUCGCUGGCAGAUCGGCCUAGAAGGAGUGACUCUUCUCGUCUGAAGCAUUUCAGGUCUUAGGAAGUUGAAAUAGAAGCUGACAUGGCUACACAAACUCCUAUGGUUGUUCAAAAUGAAAAUUUGCAUAUUGACAGAGGCAAAGGUGCCAAUGUCUCAAAAGCUGUUCUUCUGCCCAAGCCAGCGAAGUUGGUGCGUCAAGAUCGUAAAGCCCUAAGGGAUCUUUCAAAAGUAGGAAAGCCUAUCGUGUCUGGUGCAUCCAAGGCUCCCACAUUGAAAAAGAAAACUGGAUUCCUUGCUCCUGAAAGCAAAGUUGAACCAAAGGGCAAUUAUCUCACUGAUGAAGAGAUAAAGCAAUGCCAGGAGUGGGCCAAAGAGGGAAUUGAGCAGGUUCAUUUUACAGGAAUGGACUCGCGAAGACUUCAACAGCAAAAAGAAGAUGAACGGGUUCAUAAGAAAGUUGAGAAAAUAUUAGCUGCAAUGCAGGAGUGGAUUGUUACGGAUUAUAGUUCUACAAUUUCAGUCAGAGCACUUAGCACAAACAAUGAUAUUGCUUGGGAUAACGAAGAUCUCUUAAAGAUGGAACUGGUCCCUGAGGAACUUCCCCUGAGGACAGAUAAAUUCUGCAAGCUAGGUGAUGAAGAAAUCAAGGAUUUUGACUGGGAUUUCCCAUUGCUUGAGCCUACAUUAGAACUCAAAUUAAAAGAGGAUGACAAUUAUAUCCAGCUUUUAGAGUAGGAAGUUGAAUGCAUCAAAUGAAAUUUAAACAAUUGCUGGUCCGUUACAAGAUAAAUCAAGCUGAUGAUGAGUCUUAUAGUUCUUUUUUCAGAUAAUGAGAGAUGAUGGCUGAGAAAUGACCAAGAGCCGAGAAACCUCAUGGGCGAGUAGGAUACUUGUUAUGCCAUAAACUCUACAUUUGGCCUGAGUUUCUUCAGUAUUUAGUGAUGAAAAAUACAGUAAUUGUUGAUUUAUUAUCAUUUUCCUUUUUCUCUUCUAA